CCCUCCGUGGGUGCGCUGUUCUUCUGCAGCCUGGAGCCGAGCGCAGCUGCCCCGGUGCGACCAGCGGCAAAUCACUGAGCAUCUGACUGCUCCAGUCCAUGUUCAACACAGACCUCAAGAAAAAGGACAAAUAGUCGAGAAGCGGCGCCGGCGAGGCUCAGGUUUGGUGCGUACUUCACUUCCAGGUGAAACCAUACGUUUCCUCUGAUUGGGUUCUGACCACGUGGCUAUAAAUCUACAAAUGGAUAAUGGAGACUGGGGACAUAGGAUGACCACGCCUGUUACCUUGAACGUGGGAGGCAACCUGUACACGACGAGUUUAUCCACCCUACAGCGAUAUCCAGACUCCAUGCUGGGUGCCAUGUUCAGGGGAGAUUUUCCCACAACUCGUGAUUCCCAAGGGAAUUAUUUCAUCGAUCGGGAUGGAACGCUUUUCCGGUACAUCCUGAACUUCUUGCGGACGUCUGAGCUCACGCUCCCUGCGGACUUCACAGAGACAGACCUCCUGAGGAAGGAGGCAGACUUCUACCAGAUCGAACCCUUGAUCCAGUGCCUUAACGACCCCAAGCCACUGUACCCUCCUGACAUCUUUGAGCAGGUAGUGGAGCUCUCUAGCACUCGGAAACUGUCAAAAUACUCAAACCCCGUUGCUGUUAUCAUCACACAGCUCACCAUAACCACCAAGGUCCACGCUCUGCUAGAAGGUAUCUCCAACAACUUCACCAAGUGGAACAAACACAUGAUGGACACCAGAGACUGCCAGGUGUCCUUCACAUUCGGACCCUGUGACUAUCAUCAAGAGGUGUCCCUACGGGUGCACCUCAUGGACUACAUAAUGAAACAAGGCUUCACCAUCCGGAACACGCGUGUGCAUCACAUGAGCGAGCGUGCGAACGAGAACACGGUGGAGCAUCACUGGACUUUCUGUCGACCAGCUCACAAAGUUGAAGACUGAAUUACUGCACAAUUGCAGUGACUAGUGUUAAUGUUUGAUUUGUCUUCAUGUUACACAAAUCAUCCAAAAUAAUACAUUGCACGUCUAUUUCAGUAGUUUAUCACUGAGUAUUUUCCAUUCUGAUCAAUGUAGUGCUGGGCAUAAAGAUCCAGGCCUAAACUGUAAAAACGUGAGUUCUUGAUUCACUUCUUUGUCUGUGUUUUUACAACAUGUUUGAAAUUAUCAUUGAGUUUACACAGCAACGUCAGUAUUACUUAUCAAUUUCCUUCUGUGACACUGUUUUGUACCUAAUUGUUGUUAAAUGUGGGCCAAAGUAUUUUUUUAGCAAUGUGGUUAUUUAAUGUAGCUGUAUAAUACCUGUCUGUUUAUUACAAAGUCAAAAUCAAAGACUGAAUAGCAACUGAAGCUCUGUAUGGUGUCAGAUCUAUAUUGUGACAUACAUUCAUGUAAAUGUAAAAUUCAAAAUUAAUUCAAAAGGAAGAGAUCCUAAAGUCUGUGAGGUCACAGGUUAACAAAUAUUCUGUAUUAGAGAAACUAACGUUUUUGAUCCCAAAGCAUCACGUAUGCUCUUCUUUAUAAUAAUAAAUCAUAAUGACUUUUUUGUUUUAGAGUAGAUCUGAAAUUAGACAUGUGGCUCUCUUAUCUCUGUAUGGUACUCUUUCUGAAACCCCUAGUAGCUGUUGCAUGUGUCUGAUUGUCUUGUGUAUUGAGAUGUAUCCUGUGUCUGUGCUUUGCAGUAUUAUGUGUCACACCAAACUGUCAAAUGUAUUUCAUCAUCCAGUCAAAUUAAUCCAUUUGUGUAUUUGUCAGUGAUUAAACAUUGCCUUUUAGUUGAA